GGCCCGCCCCGCGGCUGGCCGCGCCAGGGUUCCCCCGGCGCCCGCCCCCGCGCGCCCUGCGCCUCUAGCCUUCCCUCUUCGCCUUCCAGCCUGGCAGGCCUUUCGCGAACAUGGCGCUUGUCCCGUGCCAGGUGCUGCGGGUGGCGAUCCUGCUGUCCUACUGCUCUAUCCUGUGCAACUACAAGGCCAUCGAAAUGCCCUCGCAUCAGACCUACGGCGGGAGCUGGAAAUUCCUGACGUUCAUUGAUCUGGUCAUCCAGGCUGUCUUUUUUGGCAUUUGCGUGCUGACUGAUCUUUCCAGUCUCCUGACUAGAGGAAGUGGGAACCAAGAACAAGAAAGGCAGCUCAAGAAGCUCAUCUCUCUCCGGGACUGGAUGUUAGCCGUCCUGGCCUUUCCUGUUGGGGUUUUCGUGGUAGCGGUGUUCUGGAUCAUUUAUGCCUAUGACAGAGAGAUGAUUUACCCGAAGCUGCUUGAUAAUUUUAUCCCAGGGUGGCUGAAUCACGGAAUGCACACAACAGUUUUGCCCUUUAUAUUAAUCGAGAUGAGGACAUCACACCAUGCGUAUCCCAGCAGGAGCAGCGGACUCGCCGCCAUAUGUACCUUCUCUGUUGGCUAUAUAUUAUGGGUAUGUUGGGUGCAUCAUGUAACUGGGAUGUGGGUGUACCCUUUCCUGGAAUACAUUGGCCCAGGAGCCAGAAUCGUCUUCUUUGGGUCUACAACCAUCUUAAUGAACUUUUUGUACCUGCUGGGAGAAGUUCUGAACAGCUAUAUCUGGGAUACACAAAGAAGUAUGGAAGAAGAGAAAAAGAAGCCUAAAUUGGAAUGAAAUCUAAGUCUAAAUGAAAGAGAUGGAUUGACUCACCAUUGAAGACUGGUUACCCCCUGGACACUGGCAGUGCAGGAAAGGAAGCAUCCAAGAAAACAGUGGAAUUCAUCUCAGCCUUCCUGCCUCCCCCACCCUGGGGGGGGGGUACCUUUAUAAAGAAACAUAUAUAAGAAUAGAAUACAGUUAUAUCCCAAAUAACUUGCCCUCAUUAUGUUUUAAAGAAUUCUUUCCAAAUUCAUUAUUGAUAAUAACAUCUUUUUUUUCCCUCUUCUAGUUUUUAAAACUAAAAUUGGUCAUCGGAUUUUAAUUUCUGCGAUUGUAAUUCCAUUUACUUGAGGAAGAAUAAAACUCUAUUGUGUUUCUUGUUAAGAAAUAUGUGAAAGUCAAAGGGGCAGAUGUGGAGAAAGGCAUUCGAGUACUGAGUUCUGCAGGUGGCUGGGAAAAUGAACCCGGACCACAGGGCAAGUCUGAGGGAAAUGGGAUGGAUUGCUCCCUAUUGCAAUGAUGUCACAGUUGCCUCAAACAGGCAAUGUUAGUAAUAAUUACAUCGAUUUAGUCAAAACCCUAAUCCUGUAUUUGGAUCUCAUGAUUUAAUCUUGUGAAGUUUUUCCUAUAUGCAAACUGAAACUUUAAUAAAGACCAAACAACCCCAGUGUGAUAACUGCAUGGUGUAUUAAA